CCCGUUGCCAUGGCGGCAGCGUCCUGCGGGCGGGAGGAGGGAGCGAGCAUGGCCGCCCUGGCCAGGCUUCAUGAGAGGCUGGCGGGACUCCGAGAGGAGUAUUUCCUUACGAACAGAGCUAUAGAUGAAGAGAGAAAAGCAAAAUACAAAGCUGCUGUCAAGAUCCAACGCUGGUUUCGAGCAUGCCGUGUCCGAGCCUAUCUGAGAUAUCUGAGCAAAAUGGCUAUUUUGAUACAGAAGCGGUGGAGAGGUUAUCUAAGAAGAAAAUACUUCAGAGAAGUAGUGGAGAGAGCAUAUUUUAUUAAGAAGCAGAAAUUCUACAAUGAAAUGGCUGUCAGGAUCCAGAAAACCUGGCGCGGCUAUUACGUUCGGAAGAAUAUCCAUAAUUUUUAUGCUCUGAAGAAAUACCUGCAAGGUGUUUCUGUGAAAAACGAGAUUGUCAGGCUUGAACUUCAAGAGGAGGCAGAAAUCAAGGAACAAGAAAAGAAAAUGAAAGACCUGGAAAAGAAAGAAAAGGAAAAGAAAUACCAAGCCCGAAAGACACAUUACCUCCUUAGCACUGAGCAGAUUCCAGGUGUCUACAAUUCUCCAUCCAGGAAAUCCCCUGAUCCAAUGGAACUGCUGCUGCGGCAGUCAAAGCCACUGACCCACAGAAAGCAGCAAGUGAAGAGUCCCUUUGCUGACGAGCUCUAUGGCUGGCCAACCUGUAAAAAGCCUCCAGCUUUUGUCACAUCACUGCCUGUGCUACCUGCUGACAGACAGAAACCUCAGGGGCCAUUCCGCGAUCCUGCUGAAGUGUUGCAGCAGCGCUACAAACCUGUGGAACCAACCCUGCGAGUGAGAGAAUCAAUGUAUUCAUCACCAGCCAAGACCAGAGAGCUAACACGAAGGGAGGAAUGGAGAAAUCCCAUCCAUGGCAAGGAAUUUCUGCCAUUUUCUUCACAUCAUAAAAAUUAUGAGAAGUAUGAGCCAUCACUUUUUAAGUCAGGCAAAUAUGGCCAAGAAGCUUAUGGAACUAAAUAUUUCAGAGAAGUAUAUCCUAAGAAGUGGAUAGCAGACAAGGACUUUGAAACACUGUUUUCCUCAAUUGCUCUCUUUGAAAAAUUUGGAAAAACUUACUCCAGCAGUGGGCAAAUAGUGUAAUUGUCCUGGAGACUAAAAACCAUAAGACACAUGAAAAGUAAAUGUAAUAAAUGUAUUACAGCAAAUACACAGCAGUAUGUUGAAUAAAUGUCCCAUAAAAUACUCUUUCUGUGAUGUAUACUGUGUCUGAAAUAGUUUAAAUUGAUUUCUCUUGAACUUUAGGCAAUAUGGCUUCCAAGAUGUAU